CGCACAUGUCACCGUCUGCAGCUGGCUUCCACAGCGUGACUGUAGCUGUCGUGAUUGUCGGUUCGUCUCAUUCACCGAUCCCGACUCGCAAUGAAGUUUUUUGCACUCAUCCUCACUAGCUCCUUCUCUUCCGCACUCGCCGUGGCCGCUGGCAAGGCCAAGUCUGCCACCGGAGGCUUGUUGGCCGAUGACAAGCCAACCAAUCCGUGGUUGUCGCUCCUGACCAAGAGUUGGGCUUUGCCAGGCGAGAGCCAAGAGGAGCAGAGUAAGGGGCUGGAUGGACUCGCCAGCAGCAUUUUGGCCUUGGCCAAGAAUCACAAGAGUGGCGCCCCCGAUGAGGAGAUGAAGGCGGCUGUGGAGAGCAUCUCGCAGAUCUUGACCGACAUGAAGGACUCGGUGACCACCGGCAACGCCGCCGCGCAGCAGGAGAUCAACAAGAAGCAGUCUGCCGUGAAGAAUUGCAGCGUCCCUGCCGAGACGAGCAUGCCGGACUUCGAGGCCACUCUUCACCUGGGCGUCAAGGAUGUCCUCGACUGCCGUGCCGACGAGAAGAGCUACUAUGAUGCCUACCAACAUUGCCUCUCAGAGGAGGCGCGAUGCGCCAACACCACGGAAUGCUGUGUGGAUCUCAUUCAGCCGAAUCCCUAUUGCCUGAGUCCUCCCAGCCCUCCUUCGCCUUUGACGUUCCAGUCGGAGUGUGACACUGCGCGAAAAUCAUACGUUGCUUCUUCAAGAUGGGCGUGGUAUUGCUGUGUGUGGCUUGCGGGCGCAACCUUGAUGGACAAUGCAAUAUUCCACCAUAUCCAACCUUUCGAGAAGCAACGAACAUCCAGUUCAGGACACCGCAGGCUUUGUGGACGAACCGUUUUGGUUCAGCCCAGACCCCAACACCUUCCGAGGUCCAGGUCCAAGUGCCGAGAAAAGGACUUGGACAACAAGUUGGCCUUCUUUGAGUUGAAGUUGCAAGAGUACAACGAGGCCAGCUACGCGUGCGAGCAGUCCCGCCUCGGCUGCAACAGCUCCUACACUUGCCAGCUGAAGCAAGAAGCCUGGAAGGAGAAGCACGCCUUGUGCAAUAGCAACCAGUCCGCCUUUGAGCAGGCCUACUGCGACCUUGCCGGCACACAGGAGGCCCACUGGGACACCUACUCGUCAUGCCAUGCACGCAGUGUGCAAGCCUUGGAGGCUGAGGAGGUGAAGCAGGAGAGCCUUUUGCUCGGACGCCGCCAGGAGUGGCGCGGCCUGCUGCGUAUCGAGUGUCUUUUGGGCGCUUUGACUGCUGCUGACCAAGCCGCAGCCCUCGACGCGUGCAUCAACAAGAACCAGACCACGAUCGCAGCUGAAGCCUUGAACCUCACGUACCCCACGAAGGUCGGUGCGGUGCCCACGAAGUCCUCGUGCAGCGAGAAGCUCAACGCUCCCGGCACGUCGUACUUCCUGAAGACCUUCUACUCGGGUGUUCCUGAAGUGCUGAUGCCAACCUCCCUCACCACCUACUACUGCGUGUCGGGUCUCAGCACCAGCUACUGCCCAGUGGCCUCCACGACGCUCUCCCUGCUCACCAAGGUCCAGCAGAACCACCUGCCGGUGGUGCCACACAUCAUGUGAGACGGUAGGGGAGCGCCGAGUCGACGGAAGAUCUGAGCUGAAAAAGCCGGUUCCGUGCGGAGGAGGGCCCCGUGGUCGACACCGUGCGGGAUGGCUGUGAACAAGGUCGA